CCCAUGGAUGAUAACAGCGCUGAUCGUGAAACGCGCCAGCAUGUUGAACGUCAGAUCAUUGAGCAAGACAGGGUUUCGAUUGUGCAAUAUCCCGAUGCUAGAGCAGGAAAGCCAAUCGCUCAUGUCGAAGUUCGGGAUGUUAACGCGGCAUAUGGUUCCAGCAUCAAUGAUGCGGAAAACCCUUAUUCUCCAUUCUCCUCUCGAAUGGACUGGGAGAUCGCACAGUGGGCAAAGUUGCGUGGCCCAACCUCGACAGCAUUUUCAGAUUUACUCAGUAUUGGUGGAGUCAGCGAACGCCUUAACCUCUCUUACAAAAAUUCAAGGGAGCUGAAUAGCAUCAUCGAUAAACAACUCCCUGGUCGUCCGAAGUUUCGCCGUGAACAGAUCAUCGUUGCGGGAGAACCUUUUGAUAUUUACUAUCGAGAUGUUAUAGCAUGCAUCAAGGAACUCUACGGCGACCCAGAUUUUGCGGACUACCUCGUGUUCGCACCGGAGCGCCACUACACAGAUGACGACAAAACAGUUCGACUAUACAGCGACAUGCACACAGGUAAAUGGUGGUGGAAUUCUCAGAAAAAGCUUGACGAGCAGCGGCCAGGGGCAACAGUCAUACCUGUUGUCAUUUCAACCGACAAAACUCAAGUCACGAUGUUCCGCAACAAAACCGCGUACCCCGUAUACCUUACCAUUGGUAAUAUCCCCAAGGAAAUUCGUCGCAAACCAUCCCGGCGUGCUCAUGUCCUCCUCGCGUAUCUUCCCACCACACGUCUGGAACACAUCACCAACAAAGCCUCGCGUCGUCGAAGCGCAGCGAAUCUCUAUCAUGCGUGUAUGGCACGUGUGUUGUUGCCGCUAGAAAAGGCUGGUCUUGAUGGCCUAGCCAUGCGCAGUGGGGAUGGCAUCUCACGUCACUGCCAUCCUCUUUUUGCUUGUUUUGUGGGCGAUUACCCCGAGCAAGUACUCGCUAGCGCCGUCAAAACUACUGAAUGCCCUAAAUGUGAUAUCCCACCCAACGAACUAGAAAGUAGCACGACGGCCUUCGAAAUACGCGACCUCGAUGCUGUUCUUGACGCACUCGCUACCAUUGAUGUCGGAGACCUCGAAUUCGUUCAGGCGUGUCGCGACGCUGGUAUCAAGCCUGUCGUUCACCCGUUCUGGGAAAGACUACCCUACGCCAACAUAUUCCAAGCCAUCACACCCGACAUUCUCCAUCAGCUGUACCAGGGUCUGGUUAAGCACCUUCUAAGCUGGCUCGUGCAGGCAUGUGGACCAACCGAGAUUGAUGCAAGAUGCCGAAGAUUACCCCCCAACCACCAUAUUCGCCUAUUCAUGAAAGGCAUUACUGGCCUCUCUCGUGUUAGCGGUGCCGAGCAUGCCCAAAUAUGCUGUUUCAUUCUCGGUGUCAUUAUUGAUGCUCGACUUCCCGGUAAUUUAUCUUCUGCGCGUCUUUUACGUGCAGUCCGCGGUCUCCUAGAUUUCCUCUACUUGGCACAGUACCCGUGCCAUAGUUCAGAGACAUUAUCUCUCCUCGACGAAGCUCUUGCCCUAUUCCACGACAACAAACAAAUAUUUGUCGACCUCGGUAUCCGGAAUCAUUUCAAUUUCCCUAAACUUCACGCCACUCGUCACUAUAUAUCAAUGAUUCAUUUGUAUGGCACGACGGAUAACUACAACACCGAGUACACUGAACGUCUUCAUAUAGACUUAGCUAAAGAUGCUUACCGCGCGACAAACCACAAAAACGAGUUUGCGCAAAUGACUCGAUGGCUCGAGCGCAAAGAGAAAAUCGUUCGCCAUGAGAAAUUUAUUCGGUGGCAACUCCACGACACUCCUUCUCACCAUCCUCGACCACUGGACCUAUCAUUUGACCGAACACAAACAUUGACAAAGCACCCAAGUGCUAGAGCUGUGUCUUUUCAACGUUUAAUCUCGGAUUACGGUGCCACUUACUUUCGCGAAGCACUCGCUCGAUAUGUUGCGCAACAAAACCAUUUAGACGAACCCCUCUCUCGUAGACGUCUCGAAGACCUCGCUGCAAAUGUACUCCUGCCAUUCCAUUCAGUGGCUGUAUACCAUAAGAUCAAGUGGCUAUCUGUUGACGCUCGAGGGCAUGGUGACCCACUCGUUACGGUAGAUAGUGUCCAUGUCAAGCCUCGUCGCACUGGCACUCGCCAACAAAAUGAUGCCCUACCUGCUCGUUUCGAUACAGCGCUUAUAAACGAUGGUACUGGUCAGUCUGUGGGUGUCGAAGGCUAUCGUGUUGGUCAGAUUCGUGCAAUUUUCUCGCUUCGAGAAAGACACGCACAGUCACUAUUCCCGCCGACAAAUCAACCUCCCAAACACCUCGCUUACGUGGAGUGGUUUACUCCAUUUCCUUCGACACCAGAUUCAAGACAUGGCAUGUACAAAAUCACGCGUCUUGUUCAUUCAGGUGAGCGAGUUGCUAGCAUAAUCCCCGUUUCGAAUAUUUCCCGCAGUAUACACCUUAUCCCGAAGUUUGGACCGGUUGCACCUCGUCACUGGACGAGCAACAACGUCCUCGAGCAAUGCAGUACAUUUUUUGUUAAUUGUUACAAAGAUAGACAUAAUUUUGUGACCCUUAGGUAGUACACUAUAAACUCGCAAUAAUUUUUUGUAAGCUAUGAACAUUAUCAUGUUUAUGUACAUCUACCUCUAACUUGUGAUAAGUUAUCUGACUUAGAUGUAUUGUGUAUAUUUGUAUCUAAGUUAGGACGGGAAGG